AAAGGUUGCCAGCCCCGCCGUUGGUGCUCAGUAUUUGUUCGUUUGUUGUUACGGCAGCCGCCAGUCGGUCGUUAGUUUUUGUUUUCGUUCAUUUGUUUAUACUCGCGCGGCACUCGGCCCCCCCACCCGUUCCCACAUAACCCGUUUGAAAGGCAUCAACUGAGUAGCAUUGGAAUCAUGGAGGCACUGGGGGAUCUCUUGGCGCCACACAGCGAACUAAUCGCCAAGGUAGCCGGCACCAUAACUACCCUGCAAUUCCUGUCCGGAGUCGUUCUGAUGAACGACAUCCGCAAGAAGGGUAGCAGCGACGUCUACCCGGUGGGCCCGUUUCUCUUCGGAGUGGUGCUGACCAUUCUCAGCUUGAAGCUGGCCAACAUUAUGAAUGAUGCUGCCAUGAUCAAUACGAAUUUAAUCGGCCUGGUGAUCAACUUCGUCUUCCUGUUCGGAUUUUACUACUACGCCUCGAGCGCCAGCAGGAGCAAGAUCUGGAAGCAGAUUGGCUAUUCCUCGGUCUUCCUAUUGGUCAUCACCGCGUAUGCCAACUUCGAGGAUCCGGCCAAGAUCGAGUUCCGCCUGGGAAUGCUGAUCACCGGCAUCCUGGUUUGGAUGGUGGGCUCUCCCCUGCUGCAUCUGCCGAAAAUCAUUGAGAAGAAGAGCACCGAGGGAAUGCCGUUCCCAAUUAUCUUUGCCGGUAAUCUGGUGGCACUUUCCUGGACGCUGUAUGCCAUCUCCAUCAAGAAUACUGUGAUGGUGCUGCAGAAUCUUUUGCUGCUGGUCCUGGGCGGCAUUCAGCUCUCCAUGUUCGCUAUUUAUCCCAACAAACCGGCUGCCAAGAAGCCCAAGGACAGCAAGAAGGACAAAUAAUUGAAAUCGAACG